UUGGCAAUGCCAUUUUAUAGCCAAGCCCGCAGGUGCCAUGACUCAGCAGCCCCAGGAGGGCUUCGAGGGCAGCGUGGAGGACGCCCGGGAGUGGAUGAAGGCGGUGCAGGAGCGGCUGCAGAUCAAUGACAACACCCAGGGGCCCCGGGCCGCCCUGGAGGCCCGGCUGCGGGAGACCGAGAAAAUAUGCCAGCUGGAGCCGGAGGGGCGCGUGAAGGUGGACCUGGUGCUGCAGGCGGCCGAGGCGCGCCUGGCCGGCUGCCCCGAGGACCAGAAGCCCGCGGUCCUGGCGCGACUAAGGGACAUCAAGGCCCAGUGGGAGGAGACGGUCACCUACAUGAUUCACUGUCACAGCCGCAUCGAGUGGGUGUGGCUGCACUGGAGCGAGUACCUCCUGGCCCGCGACGAGUUCUACCGCUGGUUCCAGAAGAUGACGGUGGCGCUGGCGCCGCCCGUGGAGCUGCAGCUGGGCCUGAAGGAGAAGCAGUGGCAGCUGGGCCAGGCCCAGGUGCUGCUGCACGACGUGAGCCACCAGGCCGUGCUCCUGGACCGGCUGCUGGAGGAGGCGGCCUCCCUGUUCCACAGGAUCGGGGACCCCAGCGUGGACGAGGACGCCCAGAGGACGAUGAAGGCCGAGUACGAGGCCGUGAAGGCCAGAGCCCAGGACCGAGUGGACCUGCUGGAGCAGGUGACCCAGGAGCAUGAGCGCUUCCAGGCGGACAUGGACGAGCUGCAGCUGUGGCUGCAGGCGGUGGUGGCGAAGGUGAACGGCUGCGUGGGACGGAGCUGCUCGCUGCCCGCCGGCCGCCGGCUCUCGGCACUGCAGGACACAGCCAAGGACGUCCCCAGGGGCGAGGAGUCUCUGAGGCGGCUGGAGGCGCAGGCGGUGGGGGUCAUCCGGAACACCUCUCCGCUGGGUGCCGAGAAGAUCAGCCGAGAACUGGAGGAGAUGCGGAGAGUCCUGGAGAAGCUCCGCGGCCUCCGUGAGGAGGAGGAGGGGCGGCUGCGGGGGCUGCUGGAGGGCACCGAGGACGACCUGGUGGCCCGCUGGAGACUCUACUCGGCGACACGGGCGGCGCUGGCCACAGAGGAGCCCCGGGUGGACCGGCUGCAGGCCCAGCUGAGGGAGCUCAUCGCCUUCCCCCACGACCUGCAGCAGCUCCCCGACAGCGUCGUCGAGGCCAUCCAGGAGUUCCAGAGGUUUACACUGGCGCUGGGGCCACCGGGCAGUGGCCAAGGGGAGGGCUGCGAGUCUAUCGAGGCGGCCCUGGCCGAGAGCUCCCGCCUGAAGCAGCAGCUGACCAUGCUGCCGCUGAAGACAGACCUGCUGGGCAGCGUCUUCGGCCAGGACAGAGCCACGGCCCUCCUGGAGCAGGUGACGAGCUCCGUGCGGGACAGGGACCUGCUCCACAACAGCCUCCUGCAGAGGAAAAGCAAGCUGCAGAGCCUGCUUGCUCAGCACAAAGACUUUGGGGCUGCCAUUGAGCCCCUGCAGAGGACGCUCUCGGACCUCCAGACCAGGGCCCUAGCCGAGAAUGGGCUUCAGCGGGACCUUCCUGGGAAACAGGCCCAGCUGUCAAGGCUGCAGGGGCUGCAGGAAGAGGGGCUGGACCUGGGCGUGCAGGUGGAGGCCACCAGGCCUUUCAUCCAGGGGAACCCCAACCACCAGCACAGAAUGGACCAGCUUUCCACCGACUGCCAGGCCCUGCAGCGGUCCCUGGAGGACCUGGUGGACGGCAGCCAGCGGAGCACACGGGAGCACUGCGCCUUCAGCCAUGAGCUCCUGCAGCUGCAGCAGUGGGUGGCCGUGGUCACGCAGAAGCUGGAGUCCUACCUGGGGGACACGGGCCCCUGGGAUGCCCAGGCCCGCGAGGCCGAAGUCCAGGGGCUGCUGGCUGAAUUCCCCGAGAAGGAGGCCCAGCUGCCCCUGGUCGAAGCGCACGGCCGGCUGGUGAUGGAAAAGUCCUCCCCGGAAGGGGCUGCCGAGGUCCAGGAGGAGCUGGCGGAGCUGGCGGGGGCGUGGCGGGCCCUGAGGCUGCUGGAGCAAAGCCUGCUGAGCCUCAUCAGGAACCGGCAGCUGCAGCGGCUGGACGUGGGCUCCGGGAAGACCCCAGUUUUCACCAACAACAUCCCGAAGAGCGGCUUUGUCCUCACCCCCACGGGGCCCCUCUCCCGGCGGCUCCGGCAGGCAGACCCGCGCCAGGAAGCAGGAGGCGGCCACGAGGGCUUCCCCCAGCUCCUGGGCGACUUCGAGCGGUGGCUGCAGGUGGAGAAUGCCAAGCUGGUGAGAGUCAUCGCCAUGAGAACCGCCACGGCCGAGGCCGCCAGGGCCAGAGAGGUGAAGCUGCAGGAGCUGGAGGCUCGGGUCCCCGAAGGCCAGCAUCUCUUCGAGGACCUCCUUCGUCUGGGGCCAGCGAGGGGCGCCUCGGAGGAGCUGGAGGACCUGCGCUACCGCUGGAUGCUCUACAAGUCCAAGCUCAAGGACUCUGGGCAGCUGCUGACGCAGAGUUCUGCAGGGCAGCCCGCUGGAUUCCAGAAGGCCCAGCAGUGGCGAGGACCCGGCAGCUUCCUCCGGAGGGUGUGUUGCGUGGCGCUGCCCCUGCAGCUGCUCCUGCUGCUGCUGCUGCUCCUGCUGCUCCUGCUGCCCGUGGGCGAGGAGGCCCGCAGCUGCACGCUGGCCAACAACUUCGCCCGCUCCUUCAGGCUCAUGCUCCGCUACAGCGGCCCCCCGCCCACCUAGCCGCGGGGCACACAGGUGACUUUCUCCUCUGGCCUCCGUCAGCCCCGCUCCUCCUCAGGACACGGGGACACGGGACAUGGGCAGGUGGACGGCAGAGCUGCCCGGGACAAAGACUGUGCGGAUGCUCCCAGCACAAAACGACUUUUUCUACGGUGUUGUCUCGUCUAUUUAUACUGCACGCGCGCUGGGUGUGACCAGGACCAAUGUACAGGACUCUGUGUGCUCUGCAUGUACAGGCCCGGUGCGGACGGUUUCGGGGGUGGAUCUGUUUGGAGGUGGGGAAGGGGCGGCCCUGGACUGGGGGUCUGCAGUCAGCCCUGGAAACGCAGCACGUCGCUCGGGGUGACCUCCUUCCCAGAAGCCCACCCCCAAUCCAGGGCUACCGAGGCCUCUGCGUGGCGUACGGACGAGGCCCGCUCAGCGCCCGGUGGCUUCUGUGUUAGGCACCAUGACGACAGACAUGCUUGUCUCAUUUUAAACUGGACAGCGGAUUCGGAUUAGAAGCAGAAAUGGGGGUGCUCACUGGCAGGCCCAGGGAGGGCGGUGCAGAGUGACCUUCAGGGAGGGCGGGGCCAGGAAGAGCAGCCCAGAAAGGACCAAGGGGCAGGCUGGAUGGGGCGCCGUGGGCCUCGAUGGCACGGACCAGGGCGAGUGUCGCAGUUCGAUGGUGCCUGCGUGUCCUGUUCAGGGAGAGAGACGUCAGGGCUAAGAUCUCCGUGGAGCGAGGGGUGCGCCCUGUGAGCAGCCACCUCCCGUGAGGGAAGAUGCUCCUGCCCCCCCUCGUCACUCUUGGGCUGAGCUGGUCCUGUCUCCCACUGAGUGGAGGGGAGCCCGUCACACUAGGGAGUGAGGGCCCGAGACAGAGGUGAGGGGUCGGCCUUGCGGCUCAGCCGUUGGAAAGGCUCUCCCUCCUCCUCCCAGGAGGGGCUCUGGACAGAGGCAGGUCCUCGGGACCGAGAGUGCCCCCCACGUGCCCCGCAGGGAGCCAGCUC